AUAAACACCAAACACUGUGUUGAUCACCAAGAAUCAACUAACAUCAAUUCAAUUCAUCUAAAUUGUAAUCAACUUCCAACAACCAACACAAAAUCAAUUGAAUAUCAACCAGUUUCUUUCAAAAGGUUUCAUUUUAAAGUAAAUUUAUCAAUUAGUUAAUCGAUUUUAGUUAAUCAAGUGUAAAGUGAUCAACAUCAAUUCUUCAAAAUGGAAGCAAUUAAGAAAAAAAUGGCGUCGAUUAAGAUUGAUAAGGACAAUGCUAUGGAUCGAGCUGAUACAGCGGAGACUUCCCUUAGGGAAGCUAAUUCGAGGGUUUCUAAGGCCGAAGAGGAAAUAAUGGCCUUAGAAAAGCGAUUGGUCCAAAUUCAAGAAGAUCUCGUUCACGCCACCGAAAAUCUUGCCAGGACAAAUGAAGAAUUGGAAACCAAGGAGAAAAGUCUCCAUGUGGCCGAAAAUGAAGUUGCCUCAUUAGCCAGAAAAGUCCAACAAUUAGAAGAGGAUUUGGAAAAAUCUGAAGAAGGAACUAAAAUCGCUCAGGUUAAAUUUGAACAAGUUUCUCAGGCUGGAGAUGAAAGCGAAAGAAUGAAGAAAAUGUUCGAGCAUCGUAAUACUCUAGAUAGUGAACGAUUGAAAAUUUUGGAAUCACAAUUGAAAGAAACUCGAACUGCCGUUGAAGAAGCGGAUAAAAAGUACGAUGAGCUUGCUAAAAAGGUCGCUGAGGUUGAAGAUGAUCUCGAAAGAGCUGAGGAAAGAGCUCAAACUGGUGAAAUUAAAAUAUUGGAACUUGAAGAGGAAUUGAAAGUCGUCAGUAACAAUGUUAAAUCGUUGGAAGUAAGUGAAGAGAAAUCAAUGGCCAAACAAGAUGAAUACGAGGAGCGAAUUGAUGAUUUAAAAAAUCAACUUCGAGAGGCUGAAACAAGAGCUGAUUUUGCUGAACGAGCUGUACAGAAAUUGCUUAAAGAGGUUGACAGGAUUGAAGAUCAAUUGGCUCAUGAGAAGGAAAAAUCAAAGAGUCUCACUGAUGAAAUGGAUCAAACUUUUGCUGAAUUAACUGGAUAUUAAUACUUACUCAAUGUUCAUUGGAAAUUAUUUAAAUUGGAUUGAUGAUCAGUUGAUUGAUUUUAAUUAAGAAACAACAAUCAGAAUGAUAAUUAUGUAGAAUCAAUAAAUCAUAUAAAAUGA